CCCGCCAGCAUGGCAAUGAGUGUGUCAACGCCUCUUCUCGACAAUACUAUUGAACCAGAUGAACCAGAGCAAAGAUCAGGAAAUAUAAACCAGGAGAACAACUUAAACACGCGUCAGCCAGUUGUCCUCACUCCCACCAAUCGUGCCAACGAAAAUCGUAUGGCUUCCACGCCCAGUGAUGCGGAGUCUGGGAUAGCAGGAAUAUUUAGACAAUCGGCACACCCGAUCGCUCUCUUCUUCCUCUACUUCUUCCGCAUAACAGCUAUAACACUCUAUCUCCUCGCGGAAACAUUGGUGAACAACUAUGUUCUCUCUACGGUCCUUGUGGUCGUUCUUCUAGCCAUGGACUUCUGGAAUUGCAGAAAUGUGGCAGGACGGACGCUCGUAGGACUGCGCUUUUGGAACCAGGUUGAUGAUGAUGGGGAGAGCUAUUGGGUAUUUGAAAGUCGCGAUCCGUCGAGACCAGCGAAUCCCGUUGAUUCAAAAAUGUUCUGGGUCAGUUCCUUUGCAAGGCACUUUACCAUUCCUGGAAUUCAGUGAAACGUUACAGAUCGCAAUCUAUGUUUUCCCUCUGUUGUGGACCAUACUCCUAAUCGUGGCAUUGAUCAGAUUCGGUCUCACAUAUGUGCCAAUCGUAAUACUUGCUAUAAUCUUCAACAUAACCAACGCUGUUGGCUUCACAUAUGCAGACCGAGAUGCAAAACAACGCUGGGC